CUGCUACUGGGUUUACGGAUCCUAUGCCAGCUAAGAACGCUUGAAAAGAAUCACAUGGUCGCAGGAACUUUCGACAUAGUUGCUAAGGAUGCGUGUCGAUUACUCCGAGCGCUUUUCGUUCGAGCGGUCGAUGCCGGGCCGUGUUCCCUAAUUGAGAGGUCUCAGUUCGCUCAUAAUCCGAAGUGCUAUGCGCGAGGUGCAAUACCUGCACUCAAGGAGCAUGGAUUCGAUGGCUCGUGGCUGGAGUGGUUUUUGAAAGAGACAGAGACCUUUCACGGUGAGAUCAUGCGCUCAAUCUCAUCACGAAGCACUGACCCACUUCCGAAGCCAAGGCACGUCGAUACACAAGGCAGCCCAGAUGAGACCCCAUUCACGUCCGAUUUACCAUCGCCUCUCCUUCCUCCUCUCAAAUAUCCCAAAAUAUUGUAUCCAAACACUGUCAAUGUGAACCAAUCGAUCCUCUCGUUCUACGUGCACAACUUUGUUCCGCGUAUCACUCAGGCAGCGACAUUGGCCAUCGCAGCCGCCAACCGAGCCCAGGGAAUCAAGGGGGAAGGGGAAUAUGACGACGAUGGGAACUAUGGGAGUGCUGCUACUAUUGAUGUAGAAAUUCUACAAGCAAUUAGCAAAAGGACACCCCUAGGCAAAUUCGUCUCCGAGUCCAAGUUCCAAUCUGCUCCGGCAGACUUUAUUCCCCAUAUUAUUGAUCGGAAUCGAACAGCACUAGAGGCUCUCAUCACCAAGCCAGAGGUAGAAAAGGCACUCUUGGUCAGGUUACGCAAGAAAGCGACGCUAUAUGCAAGGGAGUUGGAUAUGCAAGGCGAACCUGUCGAGUUACAAGCUGAAGAGAAUAAAGCAACUGUACCAAACGUAUCUCCCAAUGGAAAGAAGGGACGCUUCCGUGUGGAUGUUGAUGCUGUGGAACAACUCUAUGAGCAUUAUAUCAUCCCUUUGACCAAGGAAGUGGAGAGUUGUGAUUGGGCGUCGGGUCCGAGACCAGAGACCGGCUUGCGAGAGCCAAAAUCUCGACUCUCUUCAAGUAAAACCACCACCAUAUUUAUCGCUAGUUAUUCUGAUUUAUCUCAAGAGUCGGUCCCAAUCCUCGCCGAACGACGUCAAAAGUCGUGUAAUUCUCAACCACCGGACCCCGUUCACCCUCCACGUACCCAACUCUCGGCCGUAUUUGCAGAAUUUGAGCCUUCGCGGUCACCCUCAAACCAGUCAGCUUCUUCACUCCUUGAAGCUAGGUUUGUUUCAUCGUCUCCGAGCCAGAGCGCGCUAAGCACUUCCCCUUCACCGAGUUUUGACAAUGCACGGUUGAGCAGCUCAUACCAGCCUUCGCCGACGAUGGAGAGCAUACGUACGCCCACAGAAAGUCCCAGCGACAUCAAUCCAGUGCGUCAUAUUUCACUCGGUGGUGACGCUGACUCCAUCUCUCCACCUACGGAUCGAAAGGAGCGUCUCUUAUCAACACCUGUGAACAUCUCUGAUAGUUCAAAGCCUAAAGAGACGCUCCCUAUUCCUUCCGGCCAAUCCGCAGUGGGCGUAGCGCCCCAAAUAGUUGCCCCACAAACCGUGAACUUGCCGUCUACGCCAAAUUCUACAUCCCAAAGCGUUGUAGUAGAGGCAUCCACCACAAGGGAGCAAACUUCGAGGGGAAGCGGAUGGUUUGGCACAUCAGGACGCUCAAAGGCUCAGACGGUCCAACCCUCGAACCCAGCUGUGGGAGGUCAACCUACGCGGAAUCAAUCUUCUAUCAAGCCUAUGCCUGAAUUGACGUCUUUGGCUCCCAAAAACGUCGAGCCUGUCGUAGAAGCUACCGUGGUUCCUCCAGUAAAUACAGACACCGCAAAAAUCUCUUCCACGAAACCUGCAUCCACUUCAUCGGGCUGGUUCUCACGUACACCUCAAGCAAAACCUGAGACACCCUCGAAAGUACCUGAACCAAAACCAGUCACAAUACCCGAAGUUCAAGCGUCGAAACCAACUAAUCCCAAUCCUCCAAUUUCACAACCAAUACCACUUCCUGCAUCCAGUAAUCCCGUACAAGAGGCAACAUCGUCAGCUGCUGCAUCUCCUAGCCAGUCAAGUUGGUUUGGUGGUUUCCGCGGACGGGGUGCUCCACAACCAGGCGCGAACCCCGUCUCCAAUGAGCUGGGUAUCACAGAGCCCACUGGAAUGAUCGCCUCGGGGAAUAGCUCAGUGCAGCCUUCUCCAAGUUCACUAUCGGUUGAUCUACCUCCAGACUUACCAUUGACGGACUCUAUCAUAGACGAGUCUAUGAUGGCGACCGUCACACCCAUGACCUUUGCACAAGCUCAAGCUCAGAAUCACUCCUUGAAACCGGCCGUACCAGAGAGAGUUCCUUCAACCACUUACAACGCUCGUACCAGUCGCGAAUCCAUCGGUUACGUCGCUUGGGUCCUCAUCCGCGAGGUACACCUUAACAUUCCCCUUCUUGGGCAAGCCGAAAGUAAAUCUUCAGCACACUCUCCAAGAAGUCGUCGAGGGUUAACCCCAACUCCAUCCGGGGUGAAUCAACGAAUCUCAAACGAAGUGAUAUCCAUAGAAGUUGUUCCUGAUCCAGAAACCAUCCAAUCGGCACAAGGAUCAUCUGCGGCAUCAAUUGCGUCCUCCAGUCUGGCGUAUCCCCCUAGUGCCUCUUGGUGGCCCUUCCUAGGCUGGUCUGGUGCACCCCGCACAGCCUCAUCCGAAGGUUCAAGCAAUCCCCCUCGGUUGAACACGUCUGACCUAGGCGAUAUACCUCCCCCAGCUCCCUCCUCUGUUGCCGGGGAUUCACACAUCGCAUCGUCGUCUGGGAGCAUUCAAGAGGAGCCACAACAGGUGACAAUAGUGCCACCAGUGCCAAAUAGUGCUUCCUGGUUUGGAUUCUGGCCUUGGAGUGCAGAAGGCCCU